AUGACCUCACCCUCAUACAAUGAGAUAGUUAGGGAUUUGUAUAGUCAAAUCCACGAAAAACUGGAAAGGCGGGACAAUGCCGACCGGCGCUUCGCUACAGUCGGUACCACACAAGUGGUACUGGCCCCCUACAACUUAAGGCGCUUAUUCUGCAGUCUGGUACCUUCUAAUGAUUCAUUGGAAACGCAUUUUGGACAUGGGAUAACUGUGGAUUUGCUGACAUCUCGAAUCGAAGAGCGAAGUCUCCACAACUUUGUAGCAAUUUUAAUUUACUCCCGCUGUAGUAUAGAGUCAGCUAGAUGCUUUACCAGGAAACUUCUCAUAUGUCCCUCUGAUCCCGACAGCUGGCCAAUUUCCUACGAUGGUCAGACUAGGAUUGAUCAGCUUCCAGCAGAGCGCGAACAACUCGAACAAAUAUUCGGGGUAGAGAAUGGACCUGACAUCAACAGCUUCAUGGAUAUGCAACCCUGCUUUUGCCCUAUUGUGCUUCAUAGUGGGAACGUUCAAUGGGCCGAUGGGAAAAAGCAGAGGCUUCCUUAUAUGUUCAAUGAAGAGGAAAUCGGAAGGGGGUCUUAUGGAGUGGUUUAUCGCGUCGUCAUAGCCAAAGGGCACUUGGUAAAUGAGUCCAUGGCAAUGGUGAAUUCGGAACCCAUGCCAAUGGCCCGAAAGGAUUUUGAGAAAAAUGUCCACUUUCAAAAAGAGCUAGGAACCAUGAAGCAGAUUCUAUGCACUCCUCGGAAAUCUAAGAACGUCGUCGAGACUUUCGGUAGUCUUCAGCUUGAUGAAAGUAUAUUCAGCUUAUUCAUGCCGCUUGCGGAAUGCGACCUCAGAAACUGGAUGCGCAACAAUACGCCUCCGAUUCUCGAAUCGGAAAAAGCAGACAUUCUAGAAUGUGCAUCGGGCCUUGCAGACGGCCUAGAAUUUCUUCAUUCCGAGAUCAGAGACUCCAGCGGUAAUAGAAUGGUCUGUUACCAUAUGGAUUUGAAGCCAGCAAAUGUUCUUGUCUUUUAUGAUGGAGAACAUAGAAAAUUAGUUUGGAAAAUUAGUGACUUCGGCAUGUCUCGUGUGAAAGUAUCACAUAACCACACUAACACAGUUGAUCAAGAUAUCAGCGUUCUUUUUGAGAAGAGAAGAGGCGACACUUCGGUAUCAGAUACUGUAAAUCGCCGAUUGGAGGGCACCUACCUCGCGCCCGAGUCAAGUAUCUCAGUGCGAAAUAUGAACGAGAAAAGUGAUAUUUGGUCUCUAGGAUGUGUCAUUAGCGUCGUUUUAACAUAUAUAAACGAGGGACAAGAGGGUAUUGAUACGUACGCGGACAUGAGAGCAGCUACUUCCAAAAGCUCCAGAGCAGGAGACAAAGACCACUUCUUCCUUAUCAGUCGAUAUCGUACACCACCCAAGCCUCAUCCGGCAAUCAAAGAAUACCAUAGGCAUCUAAUCAAGGAAGCCAAUAGAAGGAAUUCAGGCGAAGGCAAAGUAAUGAAAGAGGUAUUAAACUAUAUUGAAGAGAGGGUCCUAGAGCUAGAUCCUCGACGGAGAGAGUCGGCUAGGUGUAUCAGGGAUAAACUUCUCGCUACAUCAGCGGCUUACCAUAAACUAAGCGAGAAUCCCGAACAAUACCAAGGCCCUACACAAGACGGAAUUAUUUCGAGGAUAAUUUCUCGAUUCCCAAUAAAACAGUAA